UUUGUUAUUUUUAUUAUUAUUAAAAAAUUAGAACAAUGGGGAAUGGAAUGAAUAAGGUAAAUGAAUGAAAAUAUUACUGCCAGUGUUUAAAUCAAGUUUUACUUUAAAUUUUUAUUUAAUUUCAGGUCCUCCCUGGAUUAUAUAUAGGGAAUUUUAGAGGUAUUAUUUCUUUUAUAAUAAUUUUAUUGGUACAUAUGUCCUGAAGACUGUCAGUUUAAUAAUCACCAUUAUUAUUGAUGUCAACUAGUGCAUAACGUGUUAGUCAUUGAGUUGGCCAGCCAGGCAGUCCGUCAGUUGCUAUGUUGAUUUAAUAGUCGGCUGGCCUGUCAGUCGGUUAGCCAGUUGUUAAUAACCAGCCAGGCAGUUGAUCAUUUCACUCAGUGUCUGCCCACUAUUAAUUAAACUGAUCGACUCCCUGAACACAGAAUAGUACACAUAAGGUCAUUGUUAUCGUUUUUUGUGUAAGCGCUAUUUGUUAUGAUUUGUCUGGAGAUGGCCUUCUGUGUAGUAUUCUGUGGCUUGAGUCAGUUAAUCGGUUGGUCCAGUGGGUUAUAGUCAGUCAGUCGGUUGUGGAUCACUUAGUCUAAUCGACAGUUGGUUGGGCAGUCGAAUUAUUUUCACACUAUAUUUUGUUAGAUUCCAAAGACAAGAAACAGUUAGAAGAUAACAAAAUCACACAUAUUGUGUCUGCACACGAUAAUGCUAAAUCUUUAUUAGAGGUACAUCCAAGUGAAUUAUGACAUAAAUUUAAAAAAUAAUUUACUUUCAAAUAUCAACAUUUUUUUUCAUUUUUAGGGUUACAAAUAUCACUGCAUCAACGUGGCUGACUACCCUGGCCAAGAUUUGUAAUAAUAUUUAACAAUUUAAAGACAAAUUUACAGUAAUUUUAUUUCAUUAAAGCAAGCAAAUGGUGAUCUUUUAUGAUUUUUUAGGACACCAUAUUUUGAAGAAAGUGCAUUGUUCAUUCAUAAAGCAAGGUGGUUAUUGAAUAUUGUACAUAUACAAUCUUUCCUAAGUUGGUCUGUUUUCUAGCUUAAACAACACAUUCAUUUUCCAUGGGUGUUGAUGUCUAAUUUGGCAUAGAUAUGCAUGUUGUCCAAUAAAAGUAAUCAUCCAAUAAAAGUAAAUGAUUUUGUUGCCGCAAUUUUGUAGAUGUGAAGAAGGGAAUGUACUUGUCCAUUGGUGAGUUUAAUACAUUCAAUUAACGGACCAAGUACCUGACAGACCAACCGGUUGACAGACUAGCUUCCAAAUAUGGCUGACCAACCGACUGACAUAGGCCAUAUGGCCGAUGCUUAAAUUUUAAAAUAUAUUUUCUGAUUAAUCUGCCCAAAUUUGGUAUCGGUCCCAUAUGCCUGACCAUGGUAAACAUGAAAAUCUAACAACCAUUUGACUUUUUGUCGCCAUCAGUUUAGCUGGUAUCUCACGUUCAACCACCUUAACCAUAGCGUACAUAAUGGCCGUCACAGAUAUGGAAUGGACGGAAAUAUUUAAAUCAAUCAAAUGCUCAAGGUCAAUUGCAGAUCCUAACCCGGGAUUUAAAAGACAGCUUAAUGAAUUUGGAAAGUCAGAAGAAUUAAAAGCGGUAGGGACAUCCACAUGGACGUUUAUCAAUUUCUCAGUAGGGUAUGAUGUAUCGCCAUAUAUGCAGUUGGAAGAGUGUGCCGUCCCACAGUUUGACUAAACCAGUCUUUGCAGUUUUUUCUUUGGGACUAACAAGGGAAACAGUUUAGAACUGAUAGAGUUAUCUAGUAUCUACUCCAGGGAUGCCGGAACUGAGGGGCAGCCGCCUGUUGCCCUUUACCAGGAGGGGCAAGGGGGGCAAAGGUGCCCUUUCAAUUUAAAGGAUUGCCUUGGCGAAAUAGCGAAUUGUCAGAAAUGUUAGUGCAAUUCUUUUACGAAUUUGCUUCAGAAAACGCAAGAAAUGCAGUCAUCAAGCUUCAAGAAUAGCACAAUCGCCUGGCGGAGGAACCCCCUCACACCCCUAUCAUCCAAUAAAUAGAAAACAUGAUUAGGUGAAGUUCAACUCCCGAUGUUUUGCAAACAUCUCUUAGUAUAUAUCAAUUCAAAAGUGCCCUUUCACGAAAAUCUGCCCCCUUGCCUUCACAUCGUUCCGGCGUCCCUGAUCUACUCACUCCAAUUUAGAUCUCAUUUCAAACGAUUCUUUUCAUUUUCAGUUGAAACGGAAAUUAAAACAUGAUUUUGACAAGGCUUCAUUUGACGAUGAAAAUUACUUGAUAAAAAACAUGGCAGAAACUGACCCAAAACUACUUCAGGAGUAUGAGGAAGGAAUCGACGUUGCCGCAAAAUAUUGUAAUACUGCUCAUGAAAACCGAACUAAACCUGAUAGCAAACCCGAUGAUGGUUUUCAUGGUGCCGGGCUAUAAUGAUGUUUGAUUAAAUCAUAGCCUAUCGAAGGGAAGAUGGCUGUGAAACUCAUUAGAAUAACAAUAUAACUCAUUAUCUGUGUUAGUUGUGUUAGUCAACGUUUAUUCAUAAACCUGGUCGUUUCACCGUCACGUGUGAUUGUAUUUUUACCAAAUCUACCAAUUUCCCGUUUCCCUAUUGUUCGAGUCACGGAUAGGCGACUUUGCUAAAACAUUGCUAUUGGUUAGUUGGGCAAGAAUACAAUACACACGUGACGGUGAAGGACCAGAUUUAUGAAUAAACGUUGACCAACAUAGAUAACGAGUUAUAUUGUUAUUCUAAUGAGUUUCACAGCCAUCUUCCCUUCGAUAGGCUACGAUUAAAUUAAUCAUAUAAUUAGAAAUUAUUUCUAGACAAGUAAUAUGCUAUUAGUUAGAAUGGAGAAUGUAAAGAUAGCAUCAAUAGUUUAAUACUGUCUGGGUUCCUUUGAUGCAUAGUGCCAUAAUGCAGGGUUCGUAGUCUCCAAGAUCAAAAAAUUUCAAAGACUUUCAAAGAUUUUUUCUGCCUAAUGUCAAAGACUUUUCAAAGACCUUUGCGAGCAAUCAGGUGUCGAAAAAUUGCGAUGUAUAAGCACCAUUUUUACCAGGUAAUUAGUCCCGUCAAAUCACAUCCUAAAAUGCACUUUUUCGUCAAAUUUUGCUUCAAUCAAUCUAUUUUAUUAGUUAGAAAAUCGUAUAAUCAAAUAAUCACUAGAGAAUUUAAAGACUUUUAAAGACUUUCUUCGCUUUUUCACACACUUCAAAGACUUUUCAAAGUCAACGACCUUAAAAAGACCUGCAUUCAAAUUUAAAGUCAUUCAAAUUUAAAGUCUUUCAAAGACCGCUACGAACCCUGAUAAUAAGUGGUUUUUGCUAAUUGGUUGGUUUACUCUAUCAGUGAUGACAGUAGGAUUUUUUUGCAUAGGUUAAUUCUGAGUUUGGAGGAUUUGUAAGAAAUAAUUGAGGGAACAAACUCGGGGUUAAACAACAACGAGUCAACUACAAAUUGUACAACAAACGUUUGUAAGUUAUACUAAAUGAAAUAGAAUUUUAUUUAAAUUUUCUUGCUAAAUUUUACAAUUACUUAUUUAUAUCAACACAAUUGUGAAAUAAAUUAAUAAUUUCCCCACAGGAUAAAAGAUUUUUUGUUCAAUUUUCUCUUCAAUUCAUCACUCCACGUUCGUGCGAUUUCUGUACAAUGUGGGCAUGUCUUGAAUAUUUACGUUGAAAAUGCAAAGUUUAACAUAAAAUUCGCGUCAAUGGGUUGUAGUUUUAAACAUGCUCAAAAAGUAUUAUAAGAAAUCCAGCUUCUUGUACUAUUAAUCUACGUUUAUCGCAUACCUACAUAUAAAUAGUGCCGGGAACCGGUUUGCCAUGAACACUAUAGCUGCGCUUGUAACGAUUAAAUGAAAGUUCAACAUAAAAUUCACGUCGAUAAAUGUACAUGGGUUUGAGUUGAGAUAGCAGUAGUCUGGCAUCACGGUCGUCAACGCUGCCAGAAAAUAUUCCCAUUUUCAUUCCCCACACAGAUUUACCUGAAUGCUGAGAUUUGAUCUAUAUUCACAAAUGGACGUCCAAUUGACAUGAUUUUGUACGAAGGUUAAUUUAAUACAAACCGUAUCCUUUACCCAACAUGCUUCGCGAAGACUACAGUCGAGGAGGAACAGUUGCAAUUUCUUUUUGGC